AAGGGAGGCAGGCUAAAUCCUCACACCAUUAUUACCAGGACUCACAUGCAGCCCCUCCUGUGAUGGAGUGAGAGCAGAUAGAGAGAGAUAAAGAAAAGAUGGAGUUAAAAAGGAAAUGGAAAGCAGGAUUACUGGUGUGACAGCACCGGCAGAUGAGCGGCAGCACAACGUUGAGGGAGACAGAGAAACUCUGGUGGGGGAGAAAAAAAGAAAAAACAAAUCAGUGCAACAGGAUGAGGACCUGCUAGUGCACAGCCGGCCCGACCCCGCAGACCUGCCAUCUGUCCCGCUGUUCUCUCCGUGUUCCCGACGCUCCCACCAUCAACCAACAUCUGGAUCACCUCGCAUCCAUAUGGGGGGGAGGGCGAGGGGGGGCCAAAAAACCCAAAUCUUAUCCUCCCCUCAUCCUUUUUGAUCACACAGGACCUGAGGAGGCACAUCAUCACCGAGGGGGAUCCCUUGCUGCGGAGUACCGUCACACCACAGGGGCUGAUAACUGGACCAGAGGAGGGAAAAACUUUUGCUCCAGAGAUGCAGGGGCUUGCACAGGACCCUGCCUUGUCUGUCUGUGAGAUUUUCUAACUUCCCAUGGAUUUGUCGUGUCUCUUACCCCCGGGCAGGGAGAGGGAAAAGGAGACAGAGGAGGUGGAGAGGGGGAGAAAGGAGGGAACGGCUGGGAAGCGUCACUGCCGCUACUGAAGUGGCGUUUGUGCUCCUCUGCUGAAGAGGCAUUCUAUCACCCCCCACCACCACCACCCCUCCUUUCGCUUUUCUCCUCAUCCGACCAGCGGGGAGCCUGAAGGAUACAGACAGAGAGCUAAACACACUGGGUUUAUGCACAUAUGCACACACACAGACACACACACACACACACACACACACAGGCUGGCUGCUUGUCUUAGAGGCUCCUGCACCUCUCGUCUUCUGUCACCCUCCUUUUCCCUCACUUUCCUCUCCUCUCCCAUUUUGAUGUCCUGUCUUCACCUUCAUGACCACUUGUAAAUGCUUCACGCACAAAAAAAGAAAGAGAGAAGUGAGAGGAGGGUGAAGAAAGUGAGGAGCUAGAAAGAGAGAUUUUCGGAGAUCACAUACGCUUGCUGUCACGUUGUGAAGUCCUCCAGGGGAGUGUGCAGACAUCCAAAGCUGGCAAACACACACACACUUGCACAGAGUCACUGAUAACUAACACACGAUCCCUCUCACACAGAGACUUGGUCUAAAUGCAUACUCCUACAGGUGCUGAGAGGGGAGAGAGGCAGGUGAAAACCAGGUGAAAAAGGAAAGAAACAGAAAUAGAGAGAAAGACAUUCAGAGAGGAGAAGCUGGGGAACGAUGGAGCAGCAGGAGUUCAAGUUGGAUGACAGCAGAAAGUGCAGGCAGUAGGCUGCCAACAUGGCCCUUCCCAGGGGACAACCUCCUCCUUCUCUUUGGCCUCCACUCUGCCUCCUCCUCCUCCUCCUCCUCUUCAUCUCCUCCCCGCCCCCCCUCCAGGCCCGGCCACUCCUUCUCCACCCAUCCAUCAACGUGGCGGUGGUGUUCAGCGGCUCCAGCUACCAAAAUGAGGUCAGGGGUCGUCUCAGUGGGGAAAACUUUGUCGACCUGCCCGUGGUGGUCAGCCCCGUGACCGUGCUGGUCAACGACACCAACCCCCGUGACCUGCUGACACGUCUCUGUGAUACCAUGGCAACGGAGAGGCUGCACGGCGUUGUGUUUGAGGAUGAUGUGGGCUCGGGUGCUGGUGUUCAGGUGGCAGAGGUCUCACAGAUCCUGGACUUCCUCUCCACUCAGACAACACUGCCAAUCGUGGGCAUCAGCGGUGGCUCUGCAGUUGUCAUACCAUACAAGGCAGAGGGAUCCUCUUUCCUGCAGAUGGGAGCAUCUCUGGAGCAGCAGAUCCUCUGCAUGUUCAAGCUCAUGGAGGAGUAUGACUGGGGCGAGUUUGCGGUGAUCACCAGUUUGCUGCCGGGAUAUGACACCUUUGUGGACAUAGUUGAGUCCUACACAGAUACCUCCUAUUUCCUGUGGAAUCUACAGGAUAUUUUGACUCUGGAAAUGUCCGUGGGGGCAAAUGAUGCGAGGACAAAGCGCAUGCUGCAGCAGGUGGACUCUUCGGUCCUGCUGGCAUAUUGCUCCUACGAGGAGGCGCAGUACUUAUUCACUCAGGCAGCUGAGGUGGGCCUGCUGGGGCCAGGCUACAUCUGGAUCCUCCCCAGUCUGGCUGUGGGCAACCCCGACAGCCCUCCACCUGUCAGCUUCCCUGUCGGGGUGAUCGGUGUAAUAACAGACCAGUGGAGGAAAAGCUUGCGGCAGAGGGUGAGGGAGGGCGUGGCAAUUGUAGCCAAAGGGGCCGAGAGCUUCAAGAAACAGUAUGGUUUUAUUCCUGAGGGACAUGGUGACUGCAACAAACCGGCUAAACAGUCAGUCAACAAUACUUUGUUCAGGCACAUGCUGAAUGUGACAUGGGAACGGAAAGAUCUGUCGUUCAACAACCAAGGCUUCCUCUCAAACCCCUCCAUGAUUAUUGUCGCAUUGGACCGGGAGAGACUCUGGGACAAGGUGGGUACAUAUGCUCGGGGGAUUCUCCAGGUCCGCUACCCUGUCUGGCCUCGGUAUGGCAACUUCUUGGAGCAUGUGUCUGACGAUCGUCACCUGACUGUGGCAACGCUAGAGGAGCAUCCCUUUGUCAUGGUCGAGAACGUGGACCCGGGCACUGGCACAUGUGUCCGCAACACGGUGCCCUGCAGGCGUCAGUCCAAUCGCACAGAGAGUAUUAUCGGCCACUCAGAGUCCUACACCAAACUGUGCUGCAAGGGCUUCUGCAUAGACAUCCUGAAGAAGCUGUCCCGCACCAUCAAGUUCUCCUACGACCUCUACCUGGUCACCAACGGAAAACAUGGCAAGCUGGUCCGUGGGGUUUGGAACGGCAUGAUUGGGGAGGUUGUGUACAGACGAGCUGACAUGGCCAUUGGCUCCCUCACUAUAAAUGAGGAGCGUUCAGAAAUUAUCGACUUCUCAGUGCCGUUUGUUGAGACAGGCAUCAGCGUCAUGGUGGCCCGCAGCAACGGGACAGUUUCCCCAUCUGCCUUUCUUGAGCCCUACAGCCCAGCAGUUUGGGUCAUGAUGUUUGUGAUGUGCCUGACCGUUGUGGCGGUGACAGUUUUUGUGUUUGAGUACUUCAGCCCAGUUGGCUACAAUCGCAGUUUGGUGAGCGCCAAAGCUCCUGGUGGUCCAACGUUCACCAUUGGGAAGUCAGUGUGGCUCUUGUGGGGCAUUGUCUUCAACAACUCGGUCCCCAUUGAAAACCCAAAAGGAACAACCAGUAAGAUCAUGGUCCUGGUCUGGGCCUUUUUUGCUGUCAUCUUCUUGGCUUCCUAUACUGCCAACCUGGCUGCCUUCAUGAUCCAGGAGCAAUAUAUCGACACAGUGUCUGGGCUUUCUGACAAGAAGUUCCAGAAACCACAUGAGCAUUACCCUCCUUUUCGCUUCGGGACGGUCCCAAACGGGAGCACAGAAAGGAACAUCCGCAGCAACUAUCCCGACAUGCACACACACAUGAUGAAAUACAACCAGAAGGGGGUGGAGGAAGCUCUAGAAAGCCUCAAAACCGGGAAGCUGGAUGCCUUCAUCUACGAUGCUGCUGUUUUGAACUACAUGGCUGGGAAAGAUGAGGGCUGCAAGCUGGUGACCAUUGGGAGUGGGAAAGUGUUUGCCACCACAGGAUACGGCAUCGCCCUGCAGAAGGACUCCCGCUGGAAAAGGCAUAUUGACCUGGCGCUGUUGCAGUUCCUUGGAGACGGAGACACCCAGCGCUUGGAGACAGUGUGGUUAUCAGGUAUCUGCCAGAACGAGAAGAAUGAAGUGAUGAGCAGCAAGCUGGACAUCGACAACAUGGCGGGCGUCUUCUAUAUGCUGCUAGUGGCCAUGGGCCUCAGCCUGCUGGUCUUUGCCUGGGAACACCUGCUCUACUGGAAACUACGACACUCCCUCCACAAGUCUCACAAACUUGACUUCCUUUUGGCCAUCAGCAGGGGUAUUUACAGUUGUUUCAAUGGAGUGGAGGAUCCUGGGCGUUCAUCUGGUCUGGCCAAACCUGACCUGACCUCCAACUACGCUCAAGCAAACAUGCUCAAGAUGCUUCGCACUGCCAAAGACCUGGUCUCCACUGCCAAUGUUGAGAGCUCCCUGGACAACGCCACAAAGACCAUAGAGCAGUUGAGCCGUCAUGGCGGCAGUUUGCCUGUUCGUGUUCCACAAAUUGCCACAGAGGCCAUGCCUGGAGGCUUUGCUUAUGUUACAGAGAAUCACUCCACCCUCCCCCAACGCUCCCUGACCCCACCUCUGACUGCCGUUACCUCUCUGAAACAGCACAGGGGUGUGACCAGGCCCACACCACUCCGCUACACGCUGCCAACUCGCUCUACUUCAUGUCUGUAUGACCGUCCACUUCCUGUGUCCAGCCUCAGCAGCCCCCACCUGGCUGUGGGUGAGCCGCUCCCUCAUCAGCACCCACACCACUACCAGACCACCGGGAGACUCUAUGUAGACACCCAUCCUCACUCACCCUUCAUCCCCUACACUGAUCUCCAACUACCUGACAUCUAUGCCUCUCACCCGGUCUCCUCACCUCAAAACCAGAACCAAGCCGGCUUCUGCCGACGGAAAAGGAGGUCCAAGAGUUUCCAGUGUGACGACGGGGACGUAGAGAGGAGAAAACACGGGGACCAGGAAAAGGGUGACAGAAGUCCCAUCUGUCUGAGUGAGCUGAAAGCCAACCACCUCCAAGACAACCACAUCUCUGCCCCCAGUGUUGACAGCAUCUACUCAGGGGAAGUUAUGGGUCCUCCGGUAGAGAACUACAGCUCCUGGCCACCAGAGGACCUCGUGCUAAGAGGAAGACGCAGGCACCGCCGCCCCUCCUUCCUUAAAGCGACUUGGGGCAGCGAGCAGAUCCGCCAGCUCGACGAAUCCCAGUCAUCCCUGUCCAGCCAAUCACCUUCCACCCUGCCAGACCUGUUCCCAUGCAUUCUUACACCAACCACACCUGCCAAGGCCUACAACCCUGCCCACCUUCGAAACAACCUGUGCCUCCCACGGAACCAGGCCUACCUCCACAUAAGGGAGGACCAGAGGAGGCCCAAUGGGCGCAAGGGCCAGAGGCUGCGUUACUCCCACUCCACCCACCUCCCCACAUAUGGAGAAGCAGUGCGACAUGGGACUGGGUUAGGACGGGGGAUGGUACGGAGAGCCACCAGCUUGCUCAGCAGACAGUACACCCACUACCUGAACUCAUAUCCUGGACUACCCCUCUACCACGGCCCCCUGGACCUGCAGCACCAUAGCCAGGCCUCCAGCAGCCACCCCAGCCCAGUGUGCCAGCUGCUGGCCUGUGGUGGCGGACGAUGCGGGGGACAGCGGGCACUGCUGUACCAGGACAGUCUGUAUGGGGCGUACGGGGUCUAUCAGGGGUCCCAGACUGGAUCAGAGGCCCAGACAUGUCAGGGAGUGGGGGGGCAGCCUGCAGGGAGCCCCUGCGUUCUUCGCCCCUGGCGACGGGUGUCCAGUCUUGAGUCUGAGGUCUGAUGGGAAACCAAAAGGACCUUGUAAGAUGGAUACUGUGGAGUUCCAGAGGACAAGACCACUGUGGAGCAGUUGUAGUGGUUAGAUUAAUGGAACAGGGACAAGUUAUGACUUGAAGUAAGUGUUAAUUUUCUAUGUACUUUGUGUGGUAAAAACUAGAAGUUUGGGUCUACAAAUCUGACAGAAGUUUAGGACCGAUUUGAUGUAUGCUACAGUAAGAUAAGAAGACUGCACUGUUAUCAAAUUAUCCUCAAGAAAGCUGUGGAAAGCUGGAGUUGGCAGGUUUUAUGUCGCUGCUUUCCGACGACAAUGCUUGUGUGUUUUUCUGUGCUUUAAUGUGCACUAAGAUUUACAGUCCACGGUGUUGGCGCAUGGUUAAACUGUAACCAGAGUUCUCAUGCUGUGUGUGUGUUGUGUAUAUUUUAUUGUGGAUGGUUGGGAUUCAGUCUUGAGUGUUGUCGAGUAGAUGAACUGUUUACAGCUGGGGAGAAAUAGCAGAGGAAUAAAGGAUUGUCUCUUUAAAUACAGCCACCAAAAACAAGCAGCCACUGUAGCAAGAUCUGUGAAGACAGCUGCAACAUACACGUGAGGAGUUUAAUUCCAAAAUAAGACAUAAAAUAUUAAAACAUUUUGACUCCGGACACAGAAGAGCAGCAGUUUUCUAGAAUGAAAUAAUCAUUUUGAGACAUCUGUUAAUGAAUUUCAGGUAACUUCUUUAAGUAUUUAUAAUGUUUUGGAGCUAAACCCUUCACGUAUUCAUUUAGUGAUGAGUUAGAGGAAGCAGAGACUUUGUGAAAGCAGUCCAUAUGAACACAAUCUGCAAAGUGAUGAAAGUAUUGGGGCAGCAUUGACCAGCACUAGGUGUCUUAAACCUUGGACUCUUGUUCCUCACUGGGUCUCAGUUUGAGGCUACAGUACAGCACAACAUCACACAGGGCCUCACAAUAAAUAAAUUCUGUAUUCUAAGUAUUAUAUCGAUAUAGAGAAAAUGUGUUAUUUGAGGCUGGUUAGUGUCAUAUUCAUGUAUUCUACAUAUGAUAGAAUUUAUAGUCACUCUUAAAAUUUUCUAAUUACACUUCUGGCACAUUCUUUUUUUUGUAAAGCUGUUGCUGAUUUACUAUUUGUUAUUACUGUAUUAACUCUAUCAGUUGGCCUAUAUUAAGAUCUUCAUCACUCUCUCUUUUCCACUCUUUUAUAUUCCCUCAUCACCCCUAUUUCUCCCAUCCCCUCUAACUGUUUAAUGAUCAAAUUUAAAUGAGGUAAUUGAAAGCUAUUCUAGUAUCCAUAUUACCUGGCUCCCUCACCCUGUAAUUAAUCACUUAGACCAAUUAAAGAGCCUUUUUGGAUGAA